AAUGAAUAUUAGAUAACCACUCUAAUCUUAUAAUUCAGUAGAGAGAAACCCUGAGAAAUCAUGCAAAUCGAUUUCUGAAAUAGAGACAUUCCUUAAAGAAAUAGACAGAUUGUAAGGAGAGAAUCAAAAGUUGAAAGAUCGUCUUAAAUAAUAGCCAUCCAUAUCAAUGACUAUGGAAAACCAAAAGGUUCUUACUGAGAAUCAAGACUUAAAAGUAUAUUAUCAAUAGUUAUUCAUUAGAAUUAAUUGGAGUUACUAUAACAUAAAAAUGAGGUAUAAGAGAAGACCCAUGCAGAUGCCUUAAGACAAUUAGAUAUCAAUUGGAAAUAGGAUGUGGCUACCUUAAAGUUUUAAUUGGAACAAUAGGAGAUCAACCAUAGGUAAAGUUCAAGAUAGGAAAUUAUGUAAUACAAAUCAGAGAUUGCAAAGUUAUAAUAAAAUCUUUCUAAGAUUUCUAAUGUAGAAAAUAACAAUUAGAAUCUAGUCCAAGUUUUGGUAAUAAUAAUAUAUUAAUAAAUAGGAAAAUGAACUGAUUUAAGUUAAAUAGAUUAAUAAUGGUUUGGAAGAGAAAUUAGAUUAAGCAAUUUCUUAAUUUGAUCUUUAAUCUAAAGACUAAGAAUUUACUUUAAUGAAAUAAUAAACUAUUAUCAAUUCUUAGGAAUAAUAUCUUAACGAAUUAAAAUCAAAACUUUAGAUUUAAAAAGAUUAAAAUCUUGAUUUGUUAUCAUAAGUAAAGAAAUUGAAGGAAGUAGCUGAUAAUAAGACUACUCAAGCAUCCAGUUUAAGUAGUAGAGUAAAAGAGUUGGAGAAUGAUUUCAAACAUGUGAGUAGUACUUAUUAGGAACAUAAAGCCUAAUUAUAAUAAAGAGUCGAGGAAUUAAUAUUAUCAACUGGAAAACAAUCUGAAUAAAUAUGUUUACUUUAAACUUAAUAAUAAAGAGAUUAAGAAUUGAUUAAAAGAUUAUAAGUUAAUUUAGAAAAUGAAUAAAAGAAUAGAGAAAUGGAAGUAAGAGAGAUUUAAGAAUCUAAAGCUAAAUUGAUUUAAUUUUUAUAAUAAGAAUUACUUUAAUAGAAAGAGUAGAAUCAUUAAUUGAGAAGUGAUAAUCAAAUGUUAGAUAAACAAUUAAAUGAAUUAAAAUAAUACUAUUAAUAUAAUUUUAGAGAUUUAGAAUGUAAAACUAAUAUGUUGGAAGGGGAAUGCAAUAGAUUAAAUAACAUCAUUGCUUAAAAGGAUCAAGAAUUAGUAAUUAUUGAAAUGUAGAUGAAGAGUACUAACAAUUGUUAAGAGAGAGAAGAUGAGAAAAUUCAUGAAGUCAUUUAAAUUUAAGAAUAAGAAAUCAAUUUAUUAAAGUAAUAAAAUGAAAGUUUAAUCAAUGAUCUAUCAAGAUAAGCUGAUAAUUAUAGACAUUUAGCUCUAUAACACAAAUAAUAUUAGAAAUUUGCAGAGGAUGUCAAAUUGAAUAAUAUAACUAUUAAUGAAUUAUAAAGCAAAUGUGAAUUAUAAGAUAAGGAAAUUGAGAGACUUAGAAUGAAAAUACUAGAAAAGUCAUAAUAACUUGAAAAAGUUUAAAAAGACAAUCUUGAUUAUUAAGCCAAACUCAAAACCAGAUUGAAAUGAUUGU